AUGCAGCAUCACCCCCACCAUCAGCCCCAGGGUCAAGCGCCUACUCAGCAGCAGCAACACCUGCAGCACCAGCAACAUCCUCGACCCUCGAGCAUCGUCCAUCAACAGCAUCAUCCCCAGGCCCAGUCGCAGCAGCAUCCCUCCUACGCCUCGGCCGGACAUCCCAUCGCGCCCGCCUACCAGCAGCAGAGCCAGGCCACCAGCGCACAGCACUCCCAGGACGCUCUUCCCUACUACACGCAUCCGAGUCCCUACAGCACUCCAGGCGCGACAAGCGGAUACACAUCCGCCGAUCAAUCCGACAUGAUGGCCGCCGCUCAAAUGCCGAGACCACCUUAUCCUCCCAUGUCCUACCACACGCCGCAGUCGAACUCGCCCGCGUCGGUGGCCUCUCCCUCCCAGCAUGACCAGCACCGUAGCAUCUACGGCCAGCCGCCGUCCCAGCCUCUCCAGCAGCACAUGUACUACCAGACCCAGCAAGCGCACUACCCGUCGAUGCAGGCGCAACCUCAGCAGUCGCCGUACGCGCAGCACGCCGCCCAGACGCACCAGUCCAUGUCUUCGCAGCCCAACAUGAUGAUGUCUGCGCAGUCUCAACAGCAGCAGCAGCAGCAGCAACAGCAACACAUGCCCCAGCACGCGGCGCAACACAACCAGGCCCAGAUGACCAACAGCCCGCGCGGUCAGAUGAAGACGGAGCCCCAAGUGCCUCUGCAGCUCCAGAAGCCCCAGACGACCCCCAUGCAGCACGCUCAGCAUCCCCAGAAUGGUGCCGCGCUCAACACCCCCACCGGGUCGACUCCGGGUGGCGUCAACCCCAACGCGGCGCCCGGUCCCAUCCCGGCCACCACGCCUCUGGUCGUCAGGCAAGACCAGAACGGUGUUCAAUGGAUCGCGUUCGAGUACUCGCGCGACCGCGUCAAGAUGGAGUACACCAUCCGUUGCGACGUUGAGUCGGUCAACACGGAUGAGCUGUCGGCCGAGUUCAAGACGGAGAACUGCGUUUACCCAAGAGCCUGCUGCCCCAAGGAUCAAUACCGAGGCAACCGGCAAGUGUACGAGACCGAGUGCAACACUGUCGGUUGGGCUCUCGCUCAGCUGAACCCCCCUCUGCGCGGCAAGCGAGGCCUCAUCCAACGCGCCGUGGACAGCUGGCGGAACAGUAACCAAGAUCCCCGGCUCCGAAGCCGAAGAGUUCGCCGCAUGGCCAAGAUGAACACCAGGAAGUCGGUUCAGGGAGGGCCUCACCCCGGUGGACACAUGGGCGGCCCCAGUCCGCCAGGGAUGCCUCAAGGUGCAGGUGGCAUGGGACCCGCGGGUGCAUCAUCCAAGAUGCCUGGUAUGAACAUGGGUCAUAUGUCGCACGCCAACGCUCCGGGUGGAGGGGAUGAAGUCGGAGAUGGCGAGUACAUGGAUGAACACCAUCACCAUCACCAAGCCCCCGCAGGCCAGGCUGGCGGCGACGACGUGAGGCAGUCGCAGGUUUUCUCCAGCAGCUACGGCAGUCAUAGCGGCUACCCGGCGCCCAGUUCCGGUUCGAUGCCCCAUAUGGGCAGCGGCUCUCACGGCGGUGCCGUCACUGCGCGCCGCCACAGCCGCAGCGACAAUGGCGAGCCCGAAGACCUGUUCCCUAACAUCCCAGAGGCCAAGAAGCGCAAGUUCAUUCUCGUCGAGGACAAUGUCCGAGGCUCCCGUCUGCGUGUCAGAGUCACGCUCGACGGCGUCGACACCAAGGAGAUUCCCGACUCCUUCCGCAAGGGUGCGUCCGUCUUCCCCCGGUCGUAUUUCCCGCGCGAGAUGCAGAGCCCGCCGCCGUCAGCCACUGGCUCCAAAUUCUUCCAAGAAGAUGCAGACGAGGAGGAUGACGGCGUUGAGGAGACUGAAGGUCGCGGCUCCCGCAGAGGCGCCGGCAACAGCAAGUCCAUGGUCAAGGUUCCCAUCGGCGAGAACACCGAGGGCGAGGUUGCCAUUCCGCGUAUGAGGAAGAGUGUUCGAGGCAAGGAGGUUCGGCUGAACGACCUCGGGUAUCGCAUGGCGUGGCUGCAGAGCCGUGUCUUUGCGGGACGGACUGUGUUCCUCCAGAGAGCCCUGGACUGCUACCGUAACAAGACCCGUUCUGCCAUCGAGUCCAUCAUGCAGGACGUUAAGACACUGGCACCUCACUACGAGACGCGCGUUGGCAAGCGGAAGUGGAACGAGAGAAUGAGGAAGGGCGAGGCCGAGGAGUAA